AUGCUUGCGACGCUCGCCAGCGCCCUGACCCUGCCCUGGCUCGGGCGGAUCGUCGACCGCUACGGCGCCGCGCGCGUGACGAUGAUCAUCGUGCCGUUGCUGGCGCUUGGCGCUGUGGGCAUGGCGUUUUCCGUACAUAUCGCCACGCUGGUCGUCGUCAUCUAUGUGCUGCGCCUGUUCGGGCAGGGCAUGAUGACGCAAAACGCGCUGACCGCCACCGGGCGCUGGUUCGCGGCCAAUCGCGGACGCGCGGUCUCGCUUGUCACGCUCGGCCACAAUGCGGGCGAGGCGCUGUUCCCGUUCGCGUUCGUCGCCCUGGCCGCCGCGCUUGGCUGGCGCAAUGCCUGGCUUGCCGGAGCGGCGAUCCUGAUCCUUGUGGCGCUGCCGCUCAUCUCCAUUCUGACCGCCCGGGAGCGCGAACCGCUGUCCGAUCCGCCGGACACAAGGGCGGUCGCGCCGCGCGACUGGUCCCGCGCGGAGGUGAUGCGCGAUCCGCUCUUCUGGGUUCUGCUGACGGGCGUUCUUGCGCCGGCCUUCAUCGGCACGACCAUCUUCUUUCAUCAGGUCUACCUGGUGGAGUUGCGCGGCUGGUCUCUGCCGGUCUUUGCAUCCUCCUUCGCCGUGAUGAGCGUGACGACGAUCUGCUUCGUGCUGAUCGCCGGCGCGCUGAUCGACCGGUUUUCGGCGACCGCGCUGCUGCCGAUCUUUCUCGUGCCCCUGUCGCUUGCAUGUCUGGCGCUCGGAUUGCUCGAGGCGCAAUGGAGCGCGUUCCUGUUCAUGGCGCUGCUCGGCGUGUCCUAUGGUUUUUCCUCGACGCUGUUCGGUGCGCUGUGGCCGGAAAUCUAUGGCACGCGCGAACUGGGCGCGAUCCGCGCGGUGAUCGUGGCGAUGAUGGUGUUCGGCACCGCCGUCGGGCCGGGCCUGACCGGCGCGCUGAUCGAUAUCGGCGUUGCCUAUCCGGCGCAGAUCGUCGUGAUGGGGCUCUACUGCGCCGUGGUCGCCGUGAUCAUGACCAUGGCGUCGCGGCGCCUUCUGAAGCGCCCGGGCGUCAUGACUGUCACCGUUCGUUUCGCGCCGUCGCCGACGGGCCAUAUCCAUAUCGGCAAUGUGCGCACCGCGCUGUUCAACUGGCUCUUUGCCCGGCAGAACGACGGCGCCUUCAUCCUGCGUUUCGACGAUACCGAUACCGCCCGCUCGAAGGCCGAAUAUGCCGAGCAGAUCGAGCGUGACCUGCGCUGGCUCGGCAUCGAUCCGGACCGCAUCGCCUACCAGUCGCAGCGCAUGGAUGCCUAUGAAAAGGCGGCGCAGGCGCUCAAGGACGCGGGGCUGCUCUAUCCGUGCUAUGAAACGCCGGACGAAUUGGAACGGCGGCGCAAGAUCCGCCUGACUCGCAAGCUGCCGCCGGUCUAUGGCCGCGAGGCGCUGAGGCUGACCGACGCCGAAAAGGCGGACCUUGAAGCAAGGGGCCACGCGCCGCACUGGCGCUUCCUGCUGCCCAACUUCGCGGACGAUCCCUUUGCGCCAAAGCGCACCGAUGUGCGCUGGAGCGAUGCGGUGCGUGGCGAGCAGAGCGUCGAUCUGGCUUCCAUGUCCGAUCCGGUUCUGAUCCGGGGCGACGGCACCUAUCUCUACACGCUGCCUUCGGUGGUCGACGACAUCGAAAUGGGCGUCACCCACGUCAUUCGCGGCGACGAUCACGUCACCAACACCGGCGUGCAGAUGGCGAUCUUCCGGGCGCUCGGCGCCGAGCCGCCGGCAUUCGGGCACCACAACCUUUUGACCACGGCCAGCGGCGAGGGCCUGUCCAAGCGCUCGGGCGCGCUGUCGAUCAAGAGCCUGGCCGAGGCAGGCUACGAGCCGAUGGCGGUGGCCAGCCUGGCGGUCCUGACCGGGUCGUCGACCGCGAUAUCCGCGAUGGCGGACAUGGAGGCGCUGACCGGUGCCUUCGACAUCACGGCGACGACCAAAUCGGCGGCAAGAUUCGACCCCGCCGAUCUGGACGGACUGAACCAGACGCUGGUGCACGAUCUGCCGUUCGAUGUGGUGCGCACGCGGCUGGGCGAUGCCGGCGUCGAUGUGGACGAUCCGCGCGCCGAAGCGUUCUGGGUCAUGAUCCGCUCCAAUGUGAAGAAGGUGGCCGACGCGGCCGACUGGUGGCCGGUGAUCACCGAUCGUCCAGCCAAGGACGCGGCGCUCGAUGGCGAUGAUCUGGCCUAUGCGCGCGCAGCGUUCGAUUGCCUGCCCGAAGGCGCGGUGGACGCCACACUGUGGAAGCGCUGGACCGAAGCGGCGAAGGCGCAAUCGGGCCGCAAGGGCAGGGCGCUGUUCAUGCCGCUGCGGAUCGCGCUUACGGGAAGGGCGUGGGGACCGGAUUUGUCAGAUCUAUUGCCUCUUCUGGGUCGGGAAGAAAUUCUCCGCCGACGACCCUGA